UCCCAGGCAUGUGUGCAGCAUUGCUUUCUCAUUGUGCCUAUCUCCUCCUCCGACCAGACGUUCAGGACCAGCCAUUGUUUCGCCACGAGCCAGACUCAAACGCUGCUCAACUAAUUGCCCGACUGUCCAUCUCUGCUGCCAUGUCCCUUGCAUUCAUUACCAUGACGAUGCUUCUGGGCACUUCAGUGGUGGUGGCAUUUGUUUUGCAUCCAUCCAAAGAAGAACCUGCAGCCGCUGCCAGUUUGAUUUCUCACCACAGGUCCAUCAGGAAGGAUCUGCUCAAUGCUCUCAACAUGCAGACUGAGCCACGGCUACCUGCAGGUGGGCUGGACAGCAUCAGAGAGCAGUGGAAGAAAACCUCCAGCGCCAUUUCUCCCAGAGCCAGUCGCCCAGUCUCUGGCUACUCCGAAUCUCCUGACAGCGGAAACAAAACGUGCUGCUCCACGGCUUCAGAGGUCUUCAUGAAAGAUCUGGGCUGGGACAGCUGGGUGAUCCAUCCGUUGAGCCUAACCAUCGUUCAGUGUGCUCUCUGCAACUCUGCUGUGAACGCUGUGCAGUGUCCAUCAUCCCGCUCCACCGACCAGAAUCCUGACUCGCAGGACCAGGUGCCGUGUUGUCAGCCCACCUCUCAGGAAACGGUGCCCAUCGUCUACAUGGAUGAAUCCAGCUCCAUUGUCAUCUCCUCCGUGCAGCUGGCCCGUGGCUGUGGCUUUGGCCCCACCGACAUCCAGCAGCCCAGUGAAGUGUAGGUUGUUUUAGAGCCCUGAGCAGGUGCUUGAAGGCACCUAAAAAAAAAAAAAAAAAAAAAAAAAAAUUCACAUGCACUCCAGACUUCUUGUACAAGCACGUGUGUUCUCCUUUAUCUUUGAUUCUUGCGGUGUGUGUUCAGCUGUGAUCGUGGGAAGCAAAGUCUCUACCAGCUCAGUUUUGCAUUCCUCGUACCCUGUAGAAAUAAUACGCAAGCGUGGUCAGACAGCUGUGAAUCUGACAAUUUAUGGUUUCAGAGUGUUUCCCGAUGCAAUCUACAUUUAUGUGCUGAGCUCACAGUCGAGCUCGGGUGCAUAAAGAACGCCUCUCUGUGGGUAACUCCAAGUAUUUCUCUUGCACUGACUAGGCUACUGAGAAUAACUAGAUAAGUUCAGCUGACACUGGGGUAAUAAACGCUGCCAGUUCAUCUUUAUAAAUAUCUCAGGAGCGCUAUUUAUAAUACCUAGUUGUUACUGAGUGUUCCCUCCAAAAAUGUGAAACUAUUGAGAGCCAAAUCCUGUCAUAUGCCAGUUGUCUCCUCUCUGGUGUGUGAAACGGCCAUUUCCUUUUAUGGAAAAGAAUUUAAUCUGAGUAAGAAAACUGAGGUCAAACAGUUGAGGUUGUACAUUGUGUGUUAGACCUGCUGUUUUUGAGGGUUAAAAGGUUUUUUGCAGGAGGAGUAAUACGACGAAACCAAAGCUCGGUGUCACUUUCACUUGGAACAUCUGUGCUGUGAUUUUCCAUGAAAUUCCACCGGCCUGAGCCAGAGGACAGUAAAACAUUUAUCCUCCCAGUGGCUAUUCUAAUCACAACGGGGUUUAAAAUGAAUCAUUUUAAAAUAAAUCAAAAGAAGUCAUUGCGCUUCUGCUGCUUUUGUCUGUAAAGUUAUAUAAUAUAAUACAAAUUGACAAAAUAAAACCAAAGAAUGAUCAAAUGUUUUAAAACAUAUAACCCAAGAAAAGUGCUUGCUACACUAUAUAACAUACAUUUUAAAUGAAAGAUUUCAUGUUAUUCAUAUUCACAGUAUAUGCCGUGACAGUUCUCAGUUGUGUGUGUUGUUUUUCUACUGUUGUUAAUUGUUUUUGUUUUAUAAUCUCAUUUAUCUUACAAAUACCUCACCAUUCAAGUAUAUUACUUCUUAUCACCAUGAGUAUUGUAUCAACUCAAUUAAUGUUUAGAUGUGAUGACGCUGAUUUUUUUUUUUACAUCAAAAUCAUUUGUACCACGAUUUCUGAAUCAAACAUUUCAAUAAAGAUGAUUGAAGUCUA